AAAGCCCGUCGCGUGGGCGCGCGCCAGGCGCGUAUUCAAACGCGGGGAGCAGCUGCUGCGCACGCCGCGGCGCGCUGAGGCCGGCGGCGCGGCGCAUCCCACCAGCUUUUCUUGUGAACUGUGUGUGGUUUUAUUCACGUGGGAAUCAUGCAGAGAGCGUCACGUUUGAAGAGAGAGCUGAACCUGUUAGCCACAGAGCCGCCCCCGGGCAUCACAUGCUGGCAGAAUAAGGACCGGAUGGAUGAUCUGCAAGCCCAAAUAAUAGGUGGGAUCAAUACACCUUAUGAAAAAGGUGUUUUCAAGUUGGAAGUCAACGUUCCUGAGAGGUAUCCAUUUGAACCACCUCAGAUCCGAUUUCUGACUCCAAUCUACCAUCCAAAUAUUGAUUCUGCUGGAAGGAUUUGUCUUGAUGUUCUCAAGUUGCCGCCAAAAGGUGCCUGGAGACCGUCCCUCAACAUUUCAACUCUGUUGACUUCUAUCCAGCUGCUCAUGUCAGAACCCAACCCUGAUGACCCACUCAUGGCUGAUAUAUCUGCAGAAUUUAAAUAUAAUAAACCAGUCUUCCUCAAGAAUGCCAGGGAGUGGACAGAGAAGCAUGCGAGACAGAAGGUUGAUGAGGAAGAGGUGCCUGGUCAUCCCUCAGAGUCAGAGACCGAUGGCUCCAGCGGACACAACCCAGCACUGAAAAGGAAAGCCACACAACUUGGAAGCACAGAAAAGAAAUUUUGCCCUGAUGUUUAGGACUGGUCUUGGUUAAUAGAUUUUUUUUUUUUGGGUCAAGGCAGUUUUUUGUUUGUUUGUUUAUUUGGAUUUAGAUUUUGUUUCUCUGGUUCCUACUCAGUGUUACUCGAGUCUUACUCCUGACCCUGUGCUCAGGGGUCACUUGUGGUGGUGCCUAGAGGAAUUGAACUGUGGGAUUGAAUGCCAUGCCAAGAAUUGAAACUCGAUCAAUAGUAUACCAGGCAAGCCCGAGGUGGGCUGAUUUGCCUACCUUUCUUGAAUGUUUUUCUUUGAUGCCACAAUUUUUGUAUCCUAUAAAGCAUCUUUAUUAUAUAUUCUGCUCUACUUUGAUUUUGAAUAUUAUUUUUUUAUUUGGCUUGUAUAUACAUAUCUUGAAGCUUUUUAAA